AUGCCACUUAACGAAACCACCUCCCACGGAACGCAACCUCCGCCGUCUUCGUCCAAGACUGGCCAUCCUCUACCUCGGCGUACCUCUCCCGCCAAUUCUGUCACCCUGCGCCAUCACCGACUGGCACAAGAUGCAUCAAUUAACGCCGGCCAGGGCUCAGGGCCCGCUGUCAAGCCAACUAAGACAGGAUCACCUCGACGAAACUCAUCGGGCGACAGUCAUGAGACUGGUCAGAGCGAUCCCAACACAUGGUUUGACCAGUCAAAUCAAAACCCAACGGCAACUUUCGACAGCAACGUUAUGGAAGUUGACCCCCCUUUCUUUCAAAAAGAGUCCGACUCUUCGAAUGAAGAGAAGAUAUACUACAACCACCAACUCGCCCCCCCUAAGCUCACUACGGCACACAGCAGCAGUGCAGACGAUUACAGAAGUGUCAUCGAUGAUCUCACUGUAGAGAUACAGAAGCUGAGGGAGGAGCUCAAGCGAUACAAGAACACCGGUCCCGAUAUGCUCCGAAAGGAGAAGCUCUUCGAAAUCAAGGUUCAUGGACUGCCGAAAAAGAAGAAGAGAGAGCUGGAGGCGACACUCCGAGAUUUCGCUGCAAGUCUUGAAGGGUCUCCCAACGCGUCAUCAACACAGAAAAAGAAGUCUCGACACGCUACUCGCGAAAACAUGUAUUCUGGAUCUGGAUCGAAACAUGCUUCAUCUUCCUCAGGGUCAAAUUUUCGCCCAGCCGACUCUGCAUACGCCUCUAUGUCAACCGGCGCCAACUCGGGAACGUCUUUGAGCCGUCCUAGCAUGGGUUCUCAGGCCAAGUCGUCUGAGGCGGUUGAAAGUUAUCUCCGUGAUAUCCCUGAAGGGUUAUACCCGAGACACAUGAUUAUGACGGAGAAAGAGAGAAAGAAGCUUGUUGUUCGCCGUCUUGAACAAUUGUUCACUGGAAAGAUUGGUGGGCGCCAUGUGGUGAAAAAGCAGCCCGUGUUGCCUAGUGGAAGUUCUGCAGCUCUGGCACCAGUUGUCGCUGAGACACAGCCCACUGUCUCAAACACGUCAAAUUCGAUCCACGAACCACCAGCUUUACAGACCAGCGGUAAAGAGCCCACUAGAGAAGCUCGAAUUCUUCCCCUUGAGCAGCAAUCUGGUCACUCUGGUAAAAAGAGUCGAUCUGCUGACAAUGCAUCUGCCUCCAAUUCCAAUGGCGACAAUACCGAGUCCGGUGGUAAUGGCAACAGCACAGGGUCAGGCACAAACACGACUCCUCCCAUGACGACCUUGCCCGAGCAACGGCCCACACGGCCUCGUGAUUUAGACCCUGACCGUGCUCAGGUUCCAGCCGAGAACAUGGACUAUAUUCGCCAUCUGGGCUUGGUACCUCCGGAGCUGCUAGCCGAACAACAUAGCCAGGAUGUGCACCCGGAUGCUGAGGGAUGGGUUUAUCUGAAUUUGUUGUGCAACUUGGCUCAACUUCAUAUGAUCAAUGUGACGCCCGACUUUGUCCGCUCAGCUGUUUCAGGAAUAAGCACAAAAUUUCAGCUGUCUCCUGAUGGCCGAAAGAUUCGAUGGCGAGGUGGAACAGAGGGAACAAGAUUCAGCAGUGACAGCUCUGGAUAUAAUUCUCAAAAGAGUCCAUCUACAGACGACACUGAGGAUGGAAUGGAAAACAAGCGCAAGCGUCAGAAAACUGGGCGUUCCACAGGCGACGAGUUCCAGUCCGGAAGCUCAAGCAAGAAUGGCUUGAAGUUUGACCCACAGCUUUGUGCUCCAUCCGAAAGUUUCCAUUACAAACCCUUGUUCGCUCAGCAGGAUUCAUCGGGUGGCCAGACAUCACUCGAUGAAACCGUUUCUUCCUUCGGUCCUCCAGAGGAAAGUAAUAUUGGUGAAUCGAGAUGGGGGCUAAGUGGCUCAGGAGCCUCCAGCCGCAGGAAGCGCCGCCAUGAUGGUGCCAUUAUCUACUAUAGCGGCGCUCCAUUCUGCACAGAUCUAUCUGGAGAUCCCGGAGAUAUGUCGCCAACGACGCAGAUGCGCGCUGCUGGUCAGACCCAGACAGAUCAAGAUACCUUCAAGGUCCCCCCAUCACCUCUCCGACGAACAGAUUCAGGUUCCUUCAUCAACUAUCGGCCGUUGACCGAUCGUGGGCUCUUGUCUAGUCAGCAAAGUACAGCCAUGGAUGUCGAUAGUGAAGAUCCCCCCAGCCUGACAGAUGAUGCCGACGAUUUGAGCGAGGUUGAUCUUGACUUCACGUGGUCUGAUAAGGCACAGUACAUGCAGCACUUCCCUCUUGAGCCUUGCGGCUUAGGAGGAGUUUUACCCGAAGACCAUUUCAUGGUUGUUGUUUCAACCAAGCGACCUAAGCAAGACGAUUUGUCUGCGUUACCACAAGUUUGCGGUAGAAGGUUUAGUGAAAACACGGAUGGUAUCAUUCGGCGAUUGGCGACUAUGACAACGUCCUCACCGGACUUGGGAGCUUCAAAAUCGCUUCCUGCUACGCAUUCUCUCCCCAUUGAGAUUGAAUACAUGUCAGGCCGUAUCAAGCGGCUGACACCAGUUUCGCUGCCUCCUCCUGCAAUUUUCUUUCCGCCGUUCAGCCCUACCGAAUCUACAGCCGAUGACGAUUAUGACGAUUCAGAUGAUGUCGACAUGUCUUCGUCCUUAAGAGAUCUUGUUGGCCAACGAACAGUGCAACGCCGUUCAGAUGGAUAUCCUGAUGGCGUUGACCUUAGCAGUGGCGACGAAGAAGGUGAUGAACCUGAUGAUUCGCCGAAUCAGAAUAUUUAUGACAUGAAUCGAGACCCAAAGGCGUUGCCAAAUCGGCCCCGACAAGCCGCACGUCGUACCAGUAGCGCUGCUGCGGCUGCUGGCACUGCUCGGGGCGCAAGUAAGAGUAACAGUGCCAACCCGGCGCUUUCACAUGAUGAGAGUUCUGUUGAUACUGCUGGAGCGAUUGAAAGUGGUUACAGCAGUAGCGAGGAAAGCGCUUAA